AAACAGUCUCCCAUAGGCGGUUCUACCGUUAGCUCGGUGCACAGGUUUGGGAGUUCACAGUAUUAUACAUGAGCAAGCCCAACAACGCGUGACCUACUAUAUCCAGGGUAUACCACAAUUGCUGCUAUGUCAUCUCAUACAAAAUAAUUACGUGUCCUGGGUUACCGAUGCACCAGGAGCUGUAAGACCAACCUGAUCGUUAGGGCCGCCACGCCGGAACCCGUUUAAGGGCCGACCGCUGCUGCUAGUAGGCCAUCUGCAUACGCCCUUGUGGCCCCGUGCGUGGGCGGGCCGCGGAUGAAUGAGGGGUUUCCUUCGCCAGCUGGUCUGGUGGCUGCCAGCCGGCAUCGCCCUCAACGACACAGUAUGCAGCGUCUUGGUAGUGGAGGGGCAAUCGAUGUCCCCCACCUUGUGCGGGGACAGCGGUAGCGCAGACAUCGUGAUCGUGGAGAAGGUCUCGUACAAGUGGCUUCACAAGUACCAGCGGGGUGACGUGGCCGUACUCUGGGCCCCCGACCAGCCGCACCAGCAGCUGGUGAAGCGCGUCAUCGCGUUGGAGCAGGACAUCGUGUGGGACAGCGAAAAGAACAAGCCCACCAAGAUACCGCAGGGUCGCUGCUGGGUGGAAGGGGACAAUCCGGAGGCCAGUGGGGACUCCAGGAACAUGUACGGAGCGGUACAUCUGGGGCUGCUGGAGGGGCGCGUGACGCACGUCAUCUGGCCGCCUCAGCGCUGGGCUGCGGUACGGCAGUGGUACCCGUCGGACAAGCUGAUCGUGGAGGAGCAGGCGGGCAGCGGGGCGGG